CCGGCCCAUUACCGAUUGGCUGUGGAAGCCCAACGUGACAGAGAUUUCCACACUCACUCCGGCCAUGACGCCGCCGCCGCCGCCGCCGCCGCCUCCUACCGUCCUGGUCAACAACGGCGCCAUCUCGCCGCACGCUCCCCCUUCUGCCGCCUCCUUCCUCGAGUCCACCCCGGGCGCCUACACCACCGCCCGCGGCCUCCUCUGGUGGCCCCGCCACCUCCUCCGCCUCGCCCACUCCGCGCGCCUCCUCGCCCAAUCCCACCCUCACCUUCUCGGCCUCCCCGAGCCCCGCCCUCUCGACUUCUCCCUCUCUGGAACGCCUAUCCAUUCUCUCGUCAACCCCUCCGUGCGGGUCGCCAUUCACGAGAUGAGGAGCAGGCUGCCGGUGCCGCUCAUGGACGAAGAGGAUUUCGCCGUCACGGCGCUAGUCAGAGGGGGCGAUUCCGGGGAGGGCCUGGACGUCUUCGUGCAUGCGGGAACAUAUCCGCCACCGGUUUUCGGAGAGGCAGGGGCCAGAGUUGCCGUGGCCGGCAGGGGGAGGGACGCGGCCGCCGCCAAGUACGCGCCCUGGGCCAGGAUGAGGAAGACUAUGGAAAAGAUGAGGCCUCCUGGGGUCACAGAGCUCUUGUUGACUAAUGAUGGGGAUCGCAUCCUUGAAGGCAGUGUCACAAACUUCUUUGUUGUCUGCCAAAAGGAGGAACAUCAGAGGAACGGACCUUUCUCUUAUCAAACAUUGGCUACUGAGUUUGAAGUGCAAACAGCUCCACUGAGUGAUGGAAUCCUCCCUGGAAUUAUACGUCAGAUAGUGAUAGAGGUAUGCCAUGAUCUUGGGAUCCCAGUACGUGAGGUCUCUCCCUCAUGGUCCGAGCAUGAACUUUGGCAAGAGGCCUUUGUUACAAGUAGCUUAAGGCUUAUCCAGCAUGUGGAGUCAGUUCAAGCACCUUUGUUGUGGGAGGACAUACAAUCAAAAACAUGGAGCGAUGUAUCUUGGGGGGUGAAACAAUUUCAGGGUGCUGGAUGCAUUACCACACAGAUACAGAGGGAAAUAUUGAAGAGAGCUAGAACAGAGGAGUAUGACAUAAAAAAUCUCCUAUGAGUUAUGGAUGUUAUCAUUAGUUCAGUAAAUGGUGUUGGCUUUGUUACCUGUCAUUUAUUAUUCACAAAAGGACUGAGCACUUGCUUGGCUGGCUAAGCAUGCCAUCGAGCACCACUCUUACCUGGGCUUGAAACCAGUUCCCGCCUCUUAAGUGCAAGCCAGAGAUUCAUAAUCUGCAAAAAGAAAAAGGAAAAAUUGGACAGUUCACAUCCUUCGUGGAUAGAAUGCCCCCCCCCCCCCCAUCUUCAAUUUUUUUUCACUUGUAGCUUCUGCAAAAGGUGUGAGUUGGCAUACUUUUAGAAAAGAAGCGUAGCAAGAUGUGGGUAAGCUACCAUGCACAGCAUAAAUAUUUAAUAUUUGGUAGCUAGCUUGGCCUGGAUCAAUUGCAUCGGCUCCUGAGGCCAUGGACUCAAAAUCCAACCAAUUGUGGUGCACGUGAUGUAUUUUCAGGGACAGGAUCAAGGGGGGAGUUGCAUAGCAUUGGCAAUAUCUUCCAGUUUUUGUAUGCUCAUAAUUUUGUUCCAAAGGGAGUUUUGAGACAUCUUGUUUUCCAGUUUCAUUUAUAGGGUGUUCUGAUAACACAGGGUUUGAGGUCUUUAGCACACCCGAGACUAUUUCAAUGUAAUGACAUUGUGGAACAUCUUAUUUUGCCAGGAACACUAAGAUCCAGAGAUUCUUGUUUCUUUGUU